GGACAGAGCAGCGCAGUCCUUCUGCGUCCUGAACUGAGACUCAGCAAGGCCUUCAGAGGGAGAGGAGGGAGGCCCUGACUGGGAAACGGCUUCUCCAAUGCGCACGAGGAGCAGCAGGGCUUACCGGGGCUUUUAGCAGAGGAACAGAGAAACCAACAAAGCAUGCAAAUGGAGCAGCCGUACGGGGAGGUCAACCAGCUGGGCGGCGUGUUCGUGAACGGACGGCCGCUGCCCAACGCCGUGCGGAUCCGGAUCGUGGAGCUCGCGCAGCUGGGCAUCCGGCCGUGCGACAUCAGCCGCCAGCUGCGUGUGUCCCACGGCUGCGUGAGCAAGAUUUUAGCUCGCUACAACGAAACGGGCUCCAUUCUGCCCGGAGCUAUCGGCGGCAGCAAGCCGCGGGUCACCACUCCCAACGUGGUCAAGAGCAUACGGGACUACAAGCAGGCGGACCCGGGGAUUUUCGCCUGGGAGAUACGGGACCGACUCCUGGCCGACGGAGUUUGUGACAAAUACAACGUGCCGUCGGUGAGCUCCAUCAGCCGGAUCCUGAGGAAUAAGAUAGGGAACCUCUCUCAGCCGGGCCAGUACGAGGGCGCCAAGCCCUCCGCCCCGCAGCUGCCCUACGGCCCCGUCUACCCCUACUCCUACCCCAACGCCGUGUCGCCCAGCACCGCCAAGCUGGGCAGCCCUCCCGGGGUGGCCGUGACGGCGGGUCACGUGGGGCUGUCCAGGGCCUGGCCCUCCGUGCACACGGUCAGCAACAUUUUAGGGAUACGUGCCUUCAUGGAGCCCUCAGCGAUUACUGGCCCUGAGGGCUAUCAGCCAAAAAUGGAGGAGUGGGCGAGUGUUAACCGAGCACCGUUUCCCUCCAGCCAUGGACUCAACGGCAUCGAUAAAUCACCCAUAGAGGCUGAUAUUAAAUACAACCAGCCUUCGCCGAAUCUCACCGGCUACGUGCCCGCGUGCGCCUACUCAGCCAGUCAAUACGGCGUUACCGCGUGCGGCGGAGCUUCUGGUACCUACAGUCCCCACUGGCAGUCCCAGAGCGCGGGGGCUCUGAGUCACGCGGGCGGGGGCGCGAUGGGGCAGCACGGCCACAACCUCCACAGCGCCAUGACCUUCAAGCGACCACCACACGUGGGGAACAGAAAGCCCCCUAGUCCUCUGAGCCCUGUGGGUAAACAGCAGCAAGAGGUGCUGAGCGGAGCCCCCGGCCUGUCCGGAGCCCCCACAACCUCCUAACCCCCCUCCUCCCCCCUCCACAGUGACUCAGCCGGGAGGAGCAGCUUCAGGACGGCGGCAGCAGUAAGUUAUUACGGUCAAACCGAGCGGUGUAAACGCGCAUGCGCCGAGGAUUAAACGCCUUUAAUUUAACUCUGGUAGCUGGAACUGUGGGAGUUUAUCACCACAGAAUAUUUCUGCAAUAUUUGCAGUCGACUAGCGUUUUACCUUUGUUUGUUUGUUUUUUUGUUUGUUUGUUUUUUUUUCCUUUCAACAUAAGUCAAAAGAAAGACUGUAAAACAGAGACCGGUGAAAUCGGCCCUGUUCUGGAUGUGGACUGUGUUCAUUUGGAAGGCUGAAUCUAAACUGUGUGUUGAUAAAGUGUGAGCUCUGAAGUUCGGGCCGUUACAGGAAUGUAUGAGUGAAAGAGAAACUGCAGCAAAAUGACGGUUAUAUUUUUUAUAAAUCCAACUGUGUCUAAUAAACGCAUGUUAACAAAGGG